CUCGUUGCAGGUCGCCAUGGCCAGGCCGGGGCCCGCUCGCCUGGCGUUGGUGCUGGCGCUGGGUGCCGCGGCGGGACUCGGGCUGCUCUACGCACUCCGCCGACAGCGGAGAAACAGGCCGUGGCGCAGCGGCAGCGCCGGGAAGUGCCCCGGGCAACGCGCGGAGAACGCGGCGGGGGGCUCGCGGCGCCGGGACUGCGUUCUGAUUAGGACACAAGCCCCAGUGGAGGCUGGUGAUGGUGUCGCAUGCACAUCUCUCUUAACACGUAUAGAGCAGGUGGAAGUGCUGAGCCGUCUAGACUUUGUGCUGAAAAACAUUGAAGAGCUGCGUCAAGAAGUGGAGGAACUGCGAAACAGCCUUCAGGGUUUAGCUAGUGAGAUUGUUGGAGAAGUCAAGUCCCAUCUGGAGGAAGCCCAGAAAGUAACUCGGAGGAAGCGAUAUGUUUUUUCUAGAGAAAGGAGUGAUUCUACAGGCUCCAGUUCUAUUUAUUUCACAGCCAGUUCGGGAGCAAUCAAUACAGAUGAUGCUGAAAGUGAAGGAGGGUACAGCACAGCCAAUGCAGAGUCCGAUUACGAUCGGGAGUCGGAGAGAGAAAGCGAAGAGGGGGAAGAUGAAGUGAGCUGUGAAACAGUGAGGACUGCACGGAAGGAUUCCCUAGAUCUAGUCAAUGAGGAUGAAACAACUUUAAUCCUGGAUUCUACAGUGGAGGAGGAACUUGAGCAGCUCCUGCAGCAGGCUGACCAGUUGCAUGAUGGGAAUGAACAAGAGAAGAGAGAAGGAUUCCAGCUGCUGCUUAACAGUAAACUGGCGUAUAAGGACCAUAAGAGUUUCCUUUGGCGCCUAAUCCGAGCUUAUAGUGAUCUGUAUGAUAUCACAGAGGAUGCAGAUGAGAAAAAAUCAUAUGCUUCUGAUGGGAAAGAAGAGGCAGAGGCAGCCAUACAGAAAGGGGAUCAAAGUUCCGAGUGUCACCAGUGGUAUGCUAUUCUUUGUGGCCAGUUGUCAGAACAUGAGAAUAUUCAGAAGCGCAUUCAAACUGGGUUUAUUUUUAAGGAACACAUUGAUAAAGCAAUCAGUCUGAAACCGGAUGACCCCAGGUCUUACUAUCUUUUGGGCAGGUGGUGCUACCAGGUCUCUCACCUGGGAUGGCUUGAAAAAAAGACGGCUUCUGCCUUGUUUGAAACACCCCCUAAUGCCACUGUUCAGGAUGCACUGCAAAACUUUUUAAAGGUUGAGGAGCUGAAUCCAGGAUUUUCCAAAGCAGGAAGAGUAUACAUUGCCAAGUGCUAUAGAGAUCUGGGGAAUAACUCUGCAGCAACUCACUGGCUGAACCUGGCUUCCGAGCUGCCGGUCAUCACAAAGGAGGAUGAAGAAAGCAAGAGAGAGCUUGAGGACAUGCAGGCAAUUCCUGAAGAAUAAGCCCCGUCAUUUAAUAACUGUGUGGACAGUAACAUUCCCACCUAAAGAGUUGUUUUUUCCCCCUGCACAAUUCUGAUAACCUUGGAUUAAGGUUCAUGGACAAAAUACGAAGGCUACAGGAAACAAGUAAAACUGCCUUCAUCAGCUCUUCUCUGGGGAGCCAGAUCUUGGCACAGACCAACAGAACUAAAUUCAGAUUCUGAUAGUCUCUUUACCUGUGAUGCUAUAUAUGUUUAUUUGAUUUUGGUUCCACGGCUUGAUCAGCAACCAUCAGCCUGAUUUGGAUUUCAGUUGUCCUGCAUACCUCUUGAUUGUUUUCGUAGUUAUCCACUCUGAAAUAUUUCCUGCACAAUUUAUUGCACAGAGAGAAUAUUAACAUGUAAGGUAUGAAUUGGAAUUGUAACCUGUUCUUCCUUUAAAAUAUUUUCAGACUAGUUUUAGGGAAUCAUGAAAGUGAGAAGGCAAUAGCUAACCAGAACUAUGCCUGUUAUCUCUAUGUAUUUAGUAAUGACCAUUAAAAAUGUGUAGAGUUGAAAACUUCAGUUCUACCUUGCUGCUAGCUCUCCUAUUAGACUGUGUAAAUGUUUCUCUCUAGAGUCCAGGUGCUAUGUAUCAGACCAUUUUUUCUUUUACUUCAUAAACUGUGUUAGCAUGGUCUGCAGCCACACACUGGAUGCUUGAUGGCUCUGAUAAAAUACAGGUCUGAUAUUUACAGAGGUAAAGGGCAAAGCCACUGUGUUUGUGAUGUUCAGUUUUCCAUUAAUUAUAUCAGGCUCAUGCACUUAAGACAAAGGUAUUUUCAUUCCAUUAAACAUACUGCUUGAAGUGGGUGGAGAUAUGCUAGGUUAUAAGAAAACCCAUUACAAAGAGCUUGGAAUUCCAUAAAAAGUUCUACUCUGCUUCUAUUCAUUUCCCUAUAAAAACAUUUAUUUUGAUGUCCAGAGCAUAUUUUAUUGUUCCUUUGCAAGUUCACCUAGGUGCUUUGUGAUUUGUCUUCGAGGAAAAGCCAGCAACAGUCAUCAGCAGGGAUCCUGGUUUUCUCUGAU